AUGGAGCUAGAGGAUGGAGUGGGACACAGAAGAAGAGGACUUGAAUCCAAAGCAGAGCAGAAGUGGCUCUUCUGGCCAUCCCUGAAGGAACCCUCCAAUUCCUCAGAGUUCAUGGGCACAAUCCUUAUGGAGGCUGUGGAUAGUCCUGGAGGCCUGGAGGAGAACCUCCAAAGUCCCUCUUCCCUCCCCGUCUUCUUGAUUUUAUUCUUAAUCUACCUGCUCAUCCAGAUGGGUAACGCCCUGCUCCCAGUGGCUGUGCUGGCAGAGGCCAGCCUUCACAAGCCCCGAUCCAUGCAUUUCCUUCUGAUCAACCUUCCCAGUCCUUGUAACCACUAUCUCCAAAAUGCUGUCCCUAUUUCUGUUGGGGAUUGCUUCUUCUGUUUCUCCACCUACUUCUAGCAAAUGUAGCUUUGCCACAGCUACUGCUGCUCAGAAGCCUUCCUCCUGGUGGUCAUGGCCCAUGACUGCUAUGUGGCUGUCUGUCGCCCACUGCACUCUCCCGUCCACAUGACCCCUCACAUCAAUGCUGCACUGGUGACCAGUGCCUGGCUCACCGCCCUCCUCCUGCCCAUCCCAGCAGUGGUCCAGACCUCCCAGAUGGUAUAUAACAACACUGCCUACAUCUAUCACAGCUUCUGUGACCACCUGGCUGUGGUCCUGGCCUCCUGCUCCAACACCACCCCCCAGGCCCUCAUGGGCUUCUGCAUCGCCAUGGUGGUCUCCUUCCUCCCCCUUCUCCUGGUGCUUCUGUCCUACGCUCACAUCCUGGCCUCGGUGCUUUGCAUCAGCUCCCGAGAAGGACAUUCAAAAGUCUUCUCCACCUGA